UCAAUCGGGGUAUGAGCCAUCAUGAAAACUGAAAGUAAUGCUUUUCACCAAACUGCACUCGCCAUGGAGGAAAAUCAGGAGGCCACGAAUCUUGAUAUAUUUCAUUUGGAACUUCAAAUACGAGAAAAAUUAUAUGAACUACAGUGGAAAUCCGAUGCUUUGGAGGAGACAAAGGCAGAACUUGCUGAGGCUCGACAUUUUGCUUACGAUUUAAAAAGUUCGUUGGAAGACGAACGCAGAUCCUCUGCAGAAAUACAACAUCAGCUGGAGGCUGCAAUGGGAAUUGUACGCCGUUUGGAAGAAGAAAAAGCGCAGAGUCAAAUUGAGUUAACAAAGCUUCAAAUGCAUAAUGAAUUAACUUCGAGAGAACGUACUUCCUUGAUUGAGCAAGCAAGAAUCGCUAAAACUGAAAAUUCAAAGUUAAAACAAAAGGCGAAAGAUUUAGAAUUAGGGAUAGCAAGCAAAGAUACCCAUAAUAAAAUCUUAGAGAAAUCGUUAAUUGAGAUAACGGACGAAAUGACCUGUCUAAUAGAUAUCAUGAAUCGUAACAUGGAAAAAAUUCAACAGGAACAUAAGCUUUUACGUCACAAUGUGGAAGGAACAAUUGAAUUGAAUAAACGUUUGCAAACGGUUGGUUUGUGUGCACAUGCUAUUCAUCAGAAUGACAGUAGGAAAAUUAGAAAACUGAAAGAGCAACUCGCUUCACAAUCUGUUGAAACUGCCUCAAAAAAUAAAAAUUCUGAAGAUCCACAAAUUAAAGAAACCCGCAUACAGAUGGAGCAAUUGUUAAAAGAACUAACACUGAAAGUAGAAAGUGAUAAAGAAUUCAAUGAUAAGUUAAAUGCUAUUCACAAUAGCAUCAAUACUGAUAUUGUUAAUAGUGUUAAUCAACGUGACGAUCGUUAAGCAAUACGCAGAAUAAAAAAUGAACUCAAAAGCAGACAAAGAAUUUAAAAAAGGUUAUAAAAUAUCAGUAAUAUCGCACAAGGCUUUCUUAAGUUCAUAUGAUAAAAAAUAUCAGGAGACCAAAGGGAAAGAUGGGAUAUUGAACAAACACGCAUAAACAAACAUAUAGGAUUAAUAUAAAAUGUAUUAUUAUAGUCGUUUGUAUAUUCAAGUCUGAAUCGAAACAAGUCCAAAGAUUAAAAUGCAGAAUUGAUAAGGACACGCAAG